ACCUUUGACACCGACUUCAAUGUGACCUUCGGGCAUUUCAUUUGCUUUGAUAUCGCAUUCUAUGUUCCAAGCGUUGAGUUGGUCGUGAAGCAUGGCGUUCGGGACUUUGUGUACCCAACUAAAUGGCACUCGCAGCUGCCUUUUUACACGGCUGUCCAGGUGCAGCUGGGCUGGGCUUAUGGUAAUGACGUGAAUCUCUUGGCAGCUGGUGCCAGUCGCAUAGAGUACGGCAGCACCGGUUCAGGAAUCUACAAUGGAAGAAAGGGAACUCUCACGAGCGUAAUAAAACUCAAUGAAAACGAACGCCGCAUCUACGUGGCCCAGGUCCCCAAGUACAAGAGAACAGAGCAGAGGCGACAGCAUCGAACCGUUAGUCAGAUUCGGAAACAUGUACGACAGCCCACGCCAGAACAGAAGACCCAGACAACCAGCUCAGGAUUCGUGAUGACUCGGGACUAUAUUGAGCAGUACACAACCACGUGGAUGAGUCUUGAGUACGCCGGAAAUGCUACAGCCAAUGUUUGCCAAGGAAAGCUGUGUUGCCACUUUGAGCUAGAGUGGAACCCAUUAUUGAAUAUGGAAAUAGGCAAUACGAAGAUAUUUGGCUAUCGCUUAGGUGCCUACGACGGCUGGCGAAAUGAACCAAAUGUAGAUCCCAAUUAUAUUCGCAACUGCGGAAUCUUCGCCUGCAACGGAGUUACUCUGGACGAUUGUGGAUACAUGUUGAGCCCAGAUCAACUACGCUUUAAUUUAAGUCGAAUACUUAUUGAGGCCAAGUAUCCAAAGAGUCAAGAGAUUCUGCUGAUGCCAAACAGUGUGAGGGAUAAUCUAUUGCCCCUCGAGCCAUCGCAGUUCGAGUGGUCUGUGGAGGAGGAGGAAAAGAGUCAUAUGUUGAGUGUUCGUUUUGCACUGGCUAAAACCGAGUCGUUGUCCAACCUGUUGUCCUUUGCUAUAUUCGGAAAUUACUACGAUGAAGUCUGUACCUAUGGCUCGGGCUCACCGGAGAAGGAUCUUGAAUGUGGCUAUGAGCCCACUGGCGAUGGCGCUGCCCAACUGCGUUUCUUUGGCACGUGGCUCCAUUUGCUUUUGGCUGUGGGUUUCAUAUACCAUCUUAGCAAGUAAAGCGUGCCUCGAAAGGCGUGUGCAGACUUGUAGCAAUAAAGAGAAAACUUGUUAUUCAGCCUUGCCUUAAA